AUGGAGAACGUUCCAGAAUCUUCAUCCAAAGGAACCAAACGCCGGCGAACUGAGAGUUCCGAUGCCGGAAACACCUCAUCAUCGUCACUCGAGAACGAUCUUACAUUCUCUGAUACGCUUAUUGCGCUUCGAAUCAUGCGAGCUCAAUUUCCCCAAAUUCUCAAUGUUUCAGUUGAACCGUUUAUAUUAAAGUCUCAAUUGUAUAGCAGUGUGAAGGACAGAACACAAGUGGAUAGAGAAUUAGAGUCUUUUCGGAGGGAUAAAGUGCUUCGCCUUUUUAAAUUAAAUACUGGACAAGAUGAUCAUGCUGUAAUGUUUUUGGAUGAUUACCUAAAACAGAUAGAUCGUGUUUUUAAAAGAAUGGAAGGGAAGACAGGAGCAGAAUUUGAAGUUUUUGAGUGGUUCAAAACUCAUGUCCUAGAUUCAAAGCUGGAAACUGGCAUUGAACAUCAAGAGCUUUGCUCACUUUUGUCACUUGGGGGAAAGGUGAAGGACAGUCACAUCUCCCUUCUAAUUAAUGCAGGCGUCCUUACCAGACAACUUAUUGAUCCAAACAUGUAUUGGAUAGCAAUUCCAAAUAUUGGCUCACUUCUUAAGGGUCUUGUUCAGGGAAGGAAGGAAAUUAUUUCCCUUCUCAGCCGACGUCAAUAUAAAGAGAUGAUGUUGGCCGUUUUGGAAAAGAAGCGUCUUCGAAUGUCCCCACUCGAUAUGAGGUUUCAUCUACGCGAUUUGAUUGGUUCCGGUCAUCUCAGAAGUGACCAGACUCCCGUUGGUAUAAUUAUCAGAGUAUCAAAAGAUUAG